AUGAAAGAACCCGAACGUGGUAGAAGUAUUCCAUUUCAAUAUUCUCUUUUUCAGAUUCCUCUUCAACCAUUAUCUAAUAGCCUCGAUUCUUCUGUUUAUAAUACUUUUGAACAAGACAAACCAAAAUAUUUGCAAUACCAAAAAGCAAUCAAAACGGCUUUAGAAGACCUUUUAUUACAAAAUUUUGAAAAUAUUAUUUUAAUUGUUUUGGGUGCUGGAAGAGGGCCUUUAGUGAAUGCUUCUCUUUCAGCUAUAGCUGAAGCUAGAAAAACUUUUAAAUAUCAAAAGGAAUUUUCUGUUAAAAUUUAUGCUGUGGAGAAAAAUCCAAAUGCUGUAAUUUCUUUACAAUAUUGCAAUGAGGAAAGAUGGAAGAAUUCUGUUUCCAUAAUUCAAAGUGAUAUGCGUUCCCUAACUUCAUUUUUAGAAUCAAAAGAAAUUGAAAAUCCAGAUAUUAUUAUUAGUGAAUUAUUGGGAUCUUUUGGAGAUAAUGAACUUUGCCCUGAAUGUUUGGAUGGAGUUAAUAAUAUUUUAAAAGAAAAUACUAUUUGUAUACCUUCUUCGUAUAGAAAUUUUUUGAGUAAGGGAUUUUUUAUUUUGGUUAUUUUAUUUUUUUGUAGCACCAGUUCAAUCUUUACGUUUACAUCAAAAUAUUAG